AUGCCAUUGGUGGACCUCGUCAUGAUUGACGUUGGUGCAGCACGAGGCUCAAAAACAAAAGAAAGUACAAGUUCAUCUCCUAAAAAAUGUGCCAACGAAAAACCAACUAGCAGUAAUGAAAAAGAAAGACUCUCUUCUAAAGGUUCAAGUCAAGGAAGGAACUUCCAAAAAAAAUCUGGUUCUGAUGGUUCUACAGAUAUAUCAUUUCUGGAGAGUUUAGAAGUCAUAACAGAUGAAACUAAAACAGUAUCAGUCGAAGUCCGUGUUACAAACAAAGAGUUAAAAGACCUAACAAACUCAAACCAUCUCUUCCAAGCUGAUGUGACUGAUGGUUCUAAACGUGCAAGACUGAUAGCUUGGGGCCCAGUUGCCAUAUUUUUUAAUAAUAAGAUCUUUGUUGAUUCAACCUACAAGUUCUUUAACAUCUCUGUUAGGAAAACCCCACCACAAUACAUCAAAAGUAAUAACUACAUUCCAUUUGAUUUGACUUUAACAUCUGGAGUUACUGUAGAAAUAAGCUCAACACCCAUAUCUGAACCAGACGUAGAGUUCCUCCCAAUCGAAGAUAUCACCAAAUAUGUGAACAAGAGAAUCAAUACUGUAGGUGUCAUCAUUGAUCAUGAGUCUGAAACGACCCCAACAAAUACUAACAAGGGCACAACAGUUUCAAGAAGAUCACUCAUAAUUGCAGAUGAGCAUUUUAAAAUUAAAGCCACUUUAUGGGCAGAGACAGCUGAACAAUUUAUCCCACAAAAUGGUCAGGUUGUCCAUAUUCAAAAUGCUCUUGUUAAAGCAUAUGGGACAGAAGUCUCAUUGUCAUGUGACAAAAUAUGCUAUGCUGAUCAAAAUGAUCCAAAAACAGACCAUUUAUCUGUUGAUUGGCAUGAAAUUGAAAAAACUGUUAGUUUUUUACCUCUAACAAAGCAUCGCCUUGAUAACCAACCAUACAAGACUGUUGAUUUAGAUGACCUUCCAAACAUACAAACCAACAGCUCUGUAAAAAUUGUAGCUAAAAUUGACAAAGUACUGUACGAAAGCUACUAUGCAUGUGACAAAUGUAGAACAGCAGUUAUAACUAUGGACACAGAAUCUUUUUGCACCAAAUGUUCCAAACCAGUUGCAGUAUCACAAAGAUAUACUUUUUCUUUGACACUUCAUGACUUUCCUCAUGAACUUGUACUCUUUCAUGAUAACAUCUCUACCCUGUGUAACAUUUCUGAAUUUGAAGAAAAUGCACAGGAAUCAAUCAACAACAUUUGCAAGAAAACUUAUGCUAUCCUAGUUUUGAAACGCUUAAACAGAAAACAAGAUAUGCAGUACAUGUAG